AGACCGCAGGCGGCGCUGUCUCUGGCGCAGACACACGGACGCUGCGCUGCUGCUGCUGAUCCGAGCUCUUCUGCGGAUUCGUGCGACAUAUCUCGCUCUAAACACCCUUUCUCCUCAUUUCUGGCUGCUCGUGUGAUUGAAGUGAACGCCAUGUCCUACAACUACGUGGUGACGGCGCAGAAGCCCACGGCGGUGAACGCCUGCGUCACGGGUCACUUCACUUCUGCGGAGGACCUGAACCUGCUGAUCGCCAAGAACACGCGUCUGGAGAUCUAUGUGGUCACCGCGGAGGGUCUGCGGCCGGUCAGAGAGGUCGGCAUGUACGGCAAGAUCGCGGUCAUGGAGCUCUUCAGACCCAAGGGUGAGAGCAAAGAUCUUCUGUUCAUUCUGACCGCUAAAUACAACGCCUGUAUCCUGGAGUACAAGCAGAACGGAGACAGCAUCGACAUCAUCACCCGCGCUCACGGAAACGUGCAGGAUCGGAUCGGCCGUCCGUCUGAGACCGGGAUCAUCGGGAUCGUAGAUCCGGAGUGUCGUAUGAUCGGCUUGCGGCUGUAUGACGGGCUGUUUAAGGUCAUUCCUCUGGACCGUGAUAACCGUGAGCUCAAAGCCUUCAACAUCCGUCUGGAGGAGCUGCAGGUCAUAGACGUCCAGUUCCUGUACGGCUGCCAGGCGCCCACCGUCUGCUUCAUAUAUCAGGAUCCUCAGGGUCGGCACGUCAAGACAUAUGAGGUUUCUCUCAGAGAGAAGGAGUUCAACAAAGGACCCUGGAAGCAGGAGAACGUGGAAGCUGAAGCAUCGAUGGUCAUUCCAGUCCCAGAGCCGUUUGGAGGAGCUAUAAUCAUCGGACAGGAGUCCAUCACUUAUCACAACGGAGACAAAUACUUAGCCAUCGCUCCUCCAACUAUCAAGCAAAGCACCAUCGUGUGUCAUAACCGCGUGGAUCCGAACGGCUCGCGGUACCUGCUGGGAGACAUGGAGGGCCGACUCUUCAUGCUGCUGCUGGAGAAAGAGGAGCUGAUGGACGGAGCUGUGGUGCUCAAAGACCUGCAUGUGGAGCUGCUGGGAGAGACCUCUAUCGCCGAGUGUCUGACGUAUCUGGAUAACGGUGUGGUGUUUGUGGGAUCCAGACUAGGAGAUUCUCAACUAGUUAAGCUGAAUGUGGACAGUAAUGACCAGGGUUCGUAUGUGGCUGUAAUGGAGACCUUCACUAACCUGGGGCCGAUAGUGGACAUGUGUGUGGUGGACCUGGAGAGACAAGGACAGGGUCAGCUGGUGACGUGCUCCGGAGCGUUUAAGGAAGGCUCUCUGAGGAUAAUUCGGAAUGGUAUUGGGAUCCAUGAGCACGCCAGCAUCGACCUGCCUGGCAUCAAAGGUCUGUGGCCUCUCCGCUCCGAGUCGGGCAGAGACACUGAUGACAUGCUGGUUCUGUCAUUUGUUGGUCAGACCAGGGUGCUGAUGCUGAGUGGAGAGGAGGUGGAGGAGACGGAGCUGCCGGGGUUUGUGGAUAAUCAGCAGACGUUCUUCUGUGGGAAUGUAGUGCAUCAGCAGCUCAUACAGAUCACGUCGGUGUCUGUGAGGCUGGUCACGCAGGACAGCAAGGCUCUGGUGAGCGAGUGGAAGGAGCCUCAGGGCAAGACCAUCAGCGUGGCGUCCUGCAACAGCUCUCAGGUGGUUCUGGCUGUGGGUCGAGUGCUGUAUUACCUUCAGAUACUCACAGGAGAACUCAAACAGAUCAGCUCUACAGAGAUGGAGCAUGAGGUGGCGUGUCUGGACAUCACUCCUCUGGGCGAGAGCGCAGGAGAGUCCAGCAUCUGUGCUGUGGGGCUCUGGACCGACAUCUCAGCCCGCCUGCUCAAGUUACCCUGCUUCAGCCCGCUGCACAAAGAGAUGCUGGGCGGAGAGAUCAUCCCUCGCUCCAUCCUCAUGACCACGUUUGAGGGCAGUCAUUACCUGCUGUGUGCGCUGGGAGACGGGGCGCUUUUCUAUUUCGGACUGGACAUUCAGACAGGGGUUUUGAGUGAGCGUAAGAAGGUGACUCUGGGCACUCAGCCCACGGUUCUGCGCACCUUCCGCUCGCUCUCCACAUCUAAUGUGUUCGCCUGCUCCGACCGGCCCACCGUCAUCUACUCCAGCAACCACAAACUGGUCUUCUCUAACGUCAACCUGAAGGAGGUCAACUACAUGUGCCCACUCAACUCUGAGGGAUACCCCGACAGUCUGGCUCUGGCCAACAACAGCACUCUGACCAUCGGCACUAUCGAUGAGAUCCAGAAGCUCCACAUCCGAACCGUUCCUCUCUACGAGUCGCCCAAGCGGAUCUGCUAUCAGGAGGUGUCUCAGUGUUUCGGAGUUUUGUCCAGUAGAGUAGAAAUGCAGGACACCAGCGGGACCACAGCAGCCAUCAUGGGGUGUUUCUGGUUUUCUGUGUUUCCAGGCAAACUGCAGACGGUGGCAGAGAAGGAGGUUAAAGGUGCGGUUUACUCCAUGGUGGAGUUUAAUGGUAAACUGCUAGCCAGCAUCAACAGCACCGUGCGUCUGUACGAGUGGACGGCAGAGAAAGAGCUGAGGACGGAGUGUAAUCACUAUAAUAACAUCAUGGCCCUGUAUCUGAAGACUAAAGGUGACUUCAUCCUGGUGGGCGACCUGAUGCGCUCCGUGCUGCUGCUGGCCUAUAAACCCAUGGAGGGCAGCUUCGAGGAGAUUGCUCGUGAUUUCAAUCCCAACUGGAUGAGUGCUGUAGAAAUCCUGGAUGAUGACAACUUCCUCGGAGCGGAGAACGCUUUCAAUCUGUUCGUCUGCCAGAAGGACAGCGCGGCGACUACAGACGAGGAGCGGCAGCACCUGCAGGAGGUGGGUCUGUUCCACCUGGGAGAGUUUGUCAACGUGUUUUCACACGGAUCUCUGGUGCUGCAGAAUCUGGGCGAGAGCUCGACGCCGACACAGGGCUCGGUGCUGUUCGGCACAGUCAACGGCAUGAUCGGUUUGGUGACGUCGCUGUCGGAGGGCUGGUACAGUUUACUGCUGGAUCUACAGAACCGACUCAACAAAGUCAUCAAGAGCGUCGGCAAGAUCGAGCACAGCUUCUGGAGGUCGUUCCACACGGAGCGUAAGACUGAGCAGGCCACAGGGUUCAUUGAUGGAGAUCUGAUCGAGAGCUUCCUGGAUCUGGGUCGAGCGAAGAUGCAGGAGGUGGUCAGCACUCUGCAGAUGGAUGACGGCAGCGGGAUGAAGCGCGAGGCAACGGUGGACGAGGUUAUUAAAAUCGUGGAGGAGCUGACGCGGAUCCACUAACCGCGAGCGUCACACAUCUGUACAUAACUACACCUACAUCAGAGUGUGUGUGUUUCACUCCACCUGAAUAGAGUUCAGUCACGCUCACACACUCUCGUCUUCAUGUGCUUGUCCUGAGCCUCCAGAUGAAGAUUCUGCCAGCACCGAUCCGCAAUAGCUUUAGUGAAGCGUUUAUCAGUGUGGUGUCUCUCUGUUCGUUCAUUUAUUUUAAUAAAGUUUCCUUCAGUA